AAUAACUUGCUGUUUCUAAGAACUUAUGACAGAACAGUUGUUCUUGUGUUAUUUUUUUCGCCAGAUGUUGCUGUCAUUUGUUUCAACGCAAAAAAAAUUUUUAACUGAAAAACGCCAGAUGGGCCCAAUGGAUGAGACUGUUCUUCACUGGCGGUUAAAGGGGGCUUCCUGUCCCGGUUUAGCUUGUGUAUGGGAUUGGUGCGUGUUGUACAGAAUCUAGAGGUCUAGACUGUGACGUAAAUCGCCCCUAUAGGGUGCCAUAAAAGGGUUAAAAGCGCGGUCCUAGUUACUUGGUGAAUGGGAUAUGAGCUGUAAUUGUUGUUACGGGUGUCAGGAGGAGGUCACUGGGGGUCAUGGGGCCACUAAUGGUUGGGAAGAGGAUAAUUAGUGGAUUUUACUUGGAAUCGGCGUUCGCACUUCUACCACAACCAUUUCCUAUCAGACCGGGUCCGUCGUUCGAGCCGGUCACCUGGUCACAUAGGGGAUGUUGAGAGAACUUGGAGCCGGGUACGAGGUGUUCACCGGGCGUUCUCGGGAUGGCGUGAUGGACACCAGAUCAGAUGUGGCCCGUAAACUUCAGAUAUAAUCGUGGCUCAAGAUGAGUUGGAGCUUCUUAACCCGUCUCCUUGAGGAGAUUAACAAUCAUUCCACCUUCGUGGGAAAGGUCUGGUUGACAGUCCUCAUCAUCUUCAGGAUAGUCCUGACAGCAGUGGGUGGAGAAUCCAUCUACUAUGAUGAACAGAGUAAAUUUGUGUGCAACACUCAACAGCCCGGUUGUGAGAACGUGUGCUAUGACGCCUUUGCGCCUUUGUCACAUGUUCGAUUCUGGGUCUUCCAGAUCAUUCUCAUCACCACCCCGUCCAUCAUGUACCUGGGCUUUGCCAUGCAUCGAAUUGCACGUCGGCCAGAUGAAUACCAGAGGCAGAUAGAGAAGGCACGGAGCAAGCGCAAGAAAAAGGCACCUGUUAUUCACCGUGGGGCAAAGCGGGACUAUGAAGAAGCAGAGGAUGACAAUGAAGAAGACCCCAUGAUCUGUGAGGUCCUAGAGCAUGAGAAAGAUGCUGAGGACGGAGACAAAAAGAAACAUGAUGGCCGCCGUCGUAUUAAACAAGACGGCCUUAUGAAGGUUUAUGUCCUACAGCUGCUCUUCCGGUCUGCCCUAGAAGUUGGGUUUCUCCUGGGGCAGUAUGUUUUGUAUGGUUUUGAGGUGAUCCCAUCUUACGUUUGCACUCGGAGCCCUUGUCCCCACACAGUUGACUGCUUUGUGUCCCGUCCCACUGAAAAGACCAUAUUCCUGCUUAUCAUGUAUGCUGUGAGCGCUCUGUGCCUUCUACUCAACCUGUGUGAGCUCUUCCAUUUGGGCAUUGGUGGCAUUCGAGAUUCCCUCAGACAGAAGAGCAAAGAGCCCGAGCAAAAGCAGUAUCCCAAAAAGGCUCCUAGUGCCCCUCCCAACUACCACUCCGUACUGAAAAAGGGAAAAGUGCCAAAUGGCAAGUUAAUGUACCCCGAGAAUGGGAGCCAAGAGUCCUAUGAGUUGCCCGUGACUCAUUCGAGCGAGCACGAGCUGGACAGGCUACGCCAGCAUCUAAAGUUGGCACAAGAACACCUCGACUUGGCAUUCCAGCUGAACCCAGCUGCUGAUACAGCCCAUGCAUCUCGUAGUAGCAGUCCGGAGGCCAACAGCAUAGCUGCUGAACAGAACAGACUCAACCUAGCGCAGGAGAAAGGAGGGGUCUGUGAGAAAUCUGGUUUGUGAUCCUCUGAGGAUGGGGGUGGGGAAACUGGAAGCUUGAGGGGGGGGGUUGUACAAGUACUAAAAUAUGACUGGAAUUAAGUUGCCAUGGGGGUCCUGACCCCCCCAUCCCUCCCCUCCUCCACCCCCCCCAUAACCCUCUCAGCCAGGAAACUCUGCAGAGGGUGAAGAAAAGGGAACGUCUGGAGAGAGCCGGAGCGGUGAAUGCUCCCCUCUGUUCUGCCAGAUCAAGCUGCACAGUGUCUUGGAAAGUCAUCGAAAUCUCAUUCUCAAUCCCGCUCCAUGCCAGGAGGCCCCGAGCCGCCAGAUGUGGAAGAAGGUUACUGCCACUGGUUUACACCGGCUGCCACCCACCCGCCUCGUGGGAUACAGAAGACUACGCAGUGGCACCUUCCCAAAAAAAAGUUAUACUCCAACUUUUUUGUUUAAAAAAAAAUUUUCUUUGCCCUUUUUCAUUUUAUACCCCCUAGUGGUUGAAGUGUGCGGAGCAGUGGUACUUAUUCCAUUUCAACGUUCUGUUUCGUGUAAAAAGGGAAAAUUGUUCCUGUUUUAUUUUAUUUUAUUAUUAUUUUUUUCUAUUAUCCUGUUUUUCUGUAAAAAUGAACCCAAAUUGAUGGGGAAAUUCAAGGAGACACUAUCGGUACAAUAGUUGUAUUUUAUUUCUUUUCCUUGGUACUAUGGACUGUCUAAUUUCUGGCGCGCUCCAACCGCUGUCAACGCCCUUGGCAAAAAAAAGGGAAAUUCUUGUGGAAAUUGUUACUGUUUUAUUUUAUUAUUCAAUUGUUAGGA